AUGAAGGAAAGCAUUAAGGGGAUCCUAGAAGUUCAGAGGGAGACUCUAAAUGAGAAGUAUCUUGGAAUGCCAUCUGAUGUAGGGAGAUCCAAGAGUGGAGCGUUUAAGUACCUUAAAGAUCGUGUCUGGAAGAAGGUCUUGGGGUGGAUGGAACAACUUAUGUCGGUGGAGGGAAAGGACAUCUUGAUCAAGUCGGUUGCACAAGCUGCUCCUACCUUCUCUAUGUCAUGCUUCAAGCUUCCAAGGGGGCUAUGUGACCAUAUCAAUGCGAUGCUCAAGAAGUUUUGGUGGGGCAGCAAAGAAGCCCGGCAAGCAUGGAGGCUUCUACCGGAACCAGGAUCGCUGAGUGCGCGAGUGCUCAAAGAGGUUUACUAUGCGGACUCUGAUUUGUUAGAGGCCGAGCUGGGCUCCCACCCAUCCCAGGUCUGGCGGUCCCUUCUGGAGGGACGUGAUGCCAUGAAGCUAAGCCUCAUACGGAUAAUUGGUGAUGGUGCGACUACGCAUGCUUGGCGAGAUAACUGGCUGCUGCGGGAGGAGCGGAUGAUGCCAGUUGCACCUAGGAAACAAGGGGCGCCCCAGCGUGUGUGCGACUACAUCGAUAACACGACAGCUUCCUGGAAGGAGGACAAACUCGAGGAGUUUUUCUUGCCCAUGGAUAUCGAAGUGAUCAAGGGAAUUCCGCUAUGUACCAGGCGGCAAGAGGAUUUCUGGGCGUGGCAGUUUGAAAAACUAGUGUGUUUACUGAAACAAAGGAGCGUCAAUCGUUGUGGGCUGGAGUGUUUGCUACAGCCCAUGAAGAGUAUCAAUCAGCCCAUCGAGCGAACCAGACGUCCAUUUGCCAGCCUUAAGAAAAAAAACUUUGAGGUACCGCGGCGGAAAAAACCGCUACGCUACGCUCGCCACCCGGUGGUCGGCGCCGCCGUCUCCAUGCAGUUCGAGCAGCCUCCGUCCGCCCGGCGCGCCCCCACCUUCUACGCGCGCCGCGACGCCGACGCGUGGCAGCUCCUCGGCGCGCUCCUGCCGCGGCGCGCGGCCACCGCCCGCCACGUCCAGCAGGCUCACGCCCGCCUCGCCGUCCUCGGCCUCGCCACCGCGCGCUUCCUCCCGCACCUCCUCGCCGCCCUCCCCCGCCUCCCGCACCCGCCGCCGAUCGAGGACGCCUCCUCCUACGCGCUCUCCCUGUUCCGCCGCUCCAACUCCUCGUCCGCCUUCGCGUCCAACCACCUCCUCCGCGUGCUCCCGCACCCUCUCCCGCUCCGCCUCUUUCCCGGCCUCCCGCGCCGCAACCCGCACUCCUUCACCUUCCUCCUCGCCUCCCUCUCCGACCACCUCGACGCCGGUCACGCCACCGGCCCAGCCCCCUCCUUCCUGGGCUCCCACGUGCACGCGCUGGCCGUCAAGGCGGGCGCGGCGGGCGAUCUCUACGUGCGGAACGCGCUCACGCACUUCUACGGCGUCUGCGGCGACGUGGGGGCCAUGCGGUUGAUGCUCGACGAGCUGCCGCGCGUGCGAGACGUGGUGACUUGGAACGCCGUCCUCGCCGGCUACGUCCGAGCGGGCAUGCUCCGGGCAGCACGGGAGGUGUUUGAGGAAAUGCCGGUCAGGGAUGGGGUUUCUUGGAGCACGGUCAUGGGCGGGUAUGUGAAGGAAGGGGAGCUGGACGUGGCGCUGCAGGUGUUCAAGGAUAUGGUGGAGAAGGGGCUGAGGGUAAAUGAGGCUGCAGUCGUGACGGCAUUGUCGGCGUCUGCACAGCUGGGUUUGCUUGAGCUUGGGAGGUUUGUGCAUGAGGUCGUCCGUAGAGAAGGAAUGCCGGUCAGUGUUAACGUAGGGGCCGCGCUGGUGGAUAUGUAUUCCAAGUGCGGGUGUGUGGCAGUGGCCAGGGAAGUUUUCGAUGCGAUGCCGGGUAAGGAUGUUUUUGCAUGGAACGCCAUGAUUUGCGGCCUCGCUGCUCAUGGGUUUGCACGGGAUGCGGUCGAACUCUUUGAACGGUUUCUCGGUGAGGGUUUGUGCCCAACAAAUAUUACGUUUGUUGGCGUCCUGAAUGCGUGCAGCCGUUCUGGUCUUGUCGCUGAAGGGCGGCGGUACUUCAAGUUGAUGGCAGACAAAUAUAGUGUUGAGCCAGAAAUGGAGCAUUACGGGUGCAUGGUUGAUCUUCUGGGCCGUGCUGGUCUUGUUUCAGAAGCCAUCGAAUUGAUCGAAGGGAUGCCUAUUGCACCUGACCCAGUUCUCUGGGGCACUGUACUCUCGGCUUGCAAGACACAUGGCCUGGUGAAUCUGGGGGUCGAGGUUGGCAACAAGCUAAUUGAACUGGAGCCAGCUCAUGAUGGCCACUAUGUCCUCCUUGCAAGCAUAUACGCCAAGGCAAAGAAAUGGGAUGAAGUCAGGGAAGUCAGGAAAUUGAUGUCUAGUCGGGGUACCAGCAAGUUAGCCGGCUGGAGCUUGAUGGAGGCACAAGGAAACGUGCAUAAGUUUCUAGUAGGAGACAUGGAUCACAAGGAUUCUGUUCGGAUAUAUAACAUGCUUGACAUGAUUAACAGAAGGUUAGCAGAUGCAGGGUAUGUACCAGACGUGUCAUCUGUAUUGCAUGACAUUGGAGAUGAAGAGAAGGUGCAUGCAAUCAAGGUGCACAGUGAGCGGCUGGCAAUUGCUUAUGGGUUCAUAGUUACAAAAGUUGGCAACCCAAUCCGUAUUGUUAAGAAUCUCCAGGUGUGUGGGGAUUGUCAUGAAUUCAGUAAGAUGGUGACAAAGGUUUUCAAUAGGGAGAUUAUUGUGAGAGAUGGUAGUAGAUUCCAUCAUAUGAAAGAAGGAAGGUGUUCUUGCCUUGACUACUGGUAGUUACUUGGCUGACUGGUUUUUCUGUUAAUUGAAAGAAGGGAGAUGUUCUUGCCUUGACUAGUGGUAGUUAGUUGGCUGACUGGUUUUUCUGUUAAUUGAACCCGUAUAAUAUAGCACAUAAUUUUGCUGGAGUCAAAGAGUUGGUGUCUGGCAGAGAGGUUCUAGUUUCAAGCGAAUCCCAAUUCAUGUGACAUACGCGGCUCCUGGUGCUCAAGUCCGUAGCUGUUUCUAACCAUCUCUUAAGCAAGAGGUAUCUUCAGCUCAAGGCAUGGCAAAGGGCUGCAUUCUCUUCAUGAUUUGAUGCUAAAAAAAGAUUUCAAUCUUACGAAAGACAAAUAGCAAACAGCCUGUACUAGAGAUCGAACAUAACCCAAAAGGGUCAACUCAGAUGGUCUUCAUUAGAUCUUAACUGUGCUUUUGACAAACUAGAGUAUUUCUGCUAUAUGGUGGUAAUAUUGGAUCUUCAUGGCACCAUAUAAUUAUCAAUUUUCCUGAUAUAAAUAUUGCUGCUAUAUUCUGAGAUUGUUCUUUCAUUGUAAACCAGCCAAAUCUGGAGUUUCCCUGUAAAAUUCAAGUAUUGUAUUUGUAGACAAAGAAGGGUCAACUCAGAAGAGGCAUGGAAGAAAUGAGCAGCAUGCUUAUAUAUGAAAUUUAAAACAAUACAAUUCGUCAUGUUCCUUUUGGCGUGAGAGUUCUUUCAGUUUUAUGAUAUGUAUUGAAUAGAUGAAAGAACUUCCAACAAUAACCAUGACAAUUUCUUAUAAACUCAAUACCAUGCUGUAACAAAUGCAAAAUAUAUUUACACUGGUGAUUUUAGAAAUAAAUAUACAAAUUGGUGUGUUAGAAACAUUGUUCACAUCAUGCA